AUGCCUGAACCGGCAAAGUCAGCGCCCAAGAAGGGCUCCAAAAAAGCCGUCACCAAGGCGGCCGGCAAGGGAAAAGGAAAGAGGAGAAAGACAAGGAAGGAGAGCUAUGCUAUCUAUGUGUAUAAGGUACUGAAGCAGGUACACCCUGAUACCGGCAUCUCGUCCAAGGCCAUGAGCAUCAUGAACUCAUUCGUCAACGACAUCUUCGAGCGCAUCGCUUCUGAGGCGUCCCGUCUGGCUCACUACAACAAGAGAUCCACCAUCUCCUCCAGAGAGAUUCAGACUGCAGUCCGUCUCCUGCUGCCCGGUGAACUGGCCAAGCAUGCUGUGUCAGAGGGCACCAAGGCUGUGACAAAGUACACCAGCUCCAAGUAACUUGCUCCGAUGAUAUCAACAUUCAACGGCUCUUAUAAGAGCCACUCACCUUCACUCAAGAGUCGGGUCCCUGAUCACUU